CAAACCACUCUCCACAGCUCGGGGGGGGGGGGAUAACAAGCUUGUGCCAACAGAUGCGCAUCUUUGUUAGCAGAGCAUGAGACAUAUGAGAUAUUAAUCUCUUUGCCACAACUAGCAAUGAGAUGAAGUCAAGCGCAAAAAGCAUUCACCACAUUCUUACAAUCUUAUUUCGACAUCACCUGUUUUAAGAAUUCUUGAUAGAUAAAAAUUUGAUAUAACAGAAAAUAUAACGACUCUGGGUUCUUUAGAGAAACCUAGGCUUUGACUUAACAAACAUUUGGCUUUGGAGCACUCACAUUCUAAAUGAUUAUGCAAGUCUUACCUCGAUAUAAAAUACAAAGGACUCUUUUUGUUAUAACUUUGAUGGAUUGUGCAUUUAUUGUUCAAAACAAAAUUGAAAAUAAGGAGUAAAAAUUUGGCCAGUAAUGAGGAGCUAAAAAUGGGGUUGAGUCGGUUGACAAACAUGCAGAGUAUAAUGUCUCUCCGUAGCUUGAAGUUCUGUAUUGGGUUUUGGCAGGGAUUGUUAUGAGGCAGCCGCUGGUGUUGCAGUUGCAGAAGACCAAAGAUGGGCUGGAGGAGUAUGCGGAGUUCGCUCAUUUGCCAAGAAGACAGUUCACUGAUUUCGCUUUGGUCCGUAAGGAGAUUGAGGAUGAAACAAAUAGACUUACGGGGGAAACAAAACAGAUUUCUGCUGUUCCUAUUCACCUCAGCAUCUAUUCACCCAAUGUGGUAAACUUAACACUCAUUGAUUUGCCCAGUUUGACAAGGGUUGCUGUUGAAGGACAGCCAGAAAGUAUAGUCCAAGAAAUUGAAAACAUGGUCCGAACCUAUGUCCAGAAGCCAAACUGCAUUAUACUCGCAAUAACUCCAGCCAAUCAGGAUAUUGCCACCUCAGAUGCAAUAAAACUUUCAAGAGAAGUCGAUCCAUCCGGGGAAAGAACAUUUGGAGUGCUUACGAAACUUGAUCUGAUGGAUAAAGGGACUAACGCUUUGGAUGCGAGCAUAUGGUGUUCAGCUGCAUAUGCUUUGUGUUGUAAACUUCUAUAAUCCCAUUAUGGAUCACCAAACAAGUCACUUUUCUCACAAUUGGAGUUGUUUUCUUGCCACCUAAGGUUCUUGAAGGAAGAGCUUAUCGCUUGCGAUAUCCUUGGGUGGGUGUUGUGAACCGCUCCCAAGCUGAUAAAAACAGAAAUGUAGACAUGCUUUCUACCAGGACAAAGGAACGUGAAUAUUUUGCUACAAGCCUGGACUAUUGGCACCUUGCGAGUAAAAUGGGUUCAAAAUACUUGGCAAAGCUUGUCUCGAAACAUUUGGAGUUUGUGAUUAGAUCAAGGAUCCCAAGCAUUAGUUCUUCAAUAAACAAAAACAUAGAUGAACUUGAAUCAGAGCUGGACCACCUUGGUAGGCCCAUUGCUCUUGGUGCAGGGGUUAGUUACUUUUCUCCAAACCAAUUCCCCGUUGUAAAUUUUGUUGUUAUAGAUAUACUUUGUUAUUCUCUCUUAAACAAAAAUUGGGAUUUAAAUAAAAUUUAUAUAGAUGAGUUAGUGAAAUAGAUUUAAUCUCGCACUCCACUUGUCGACUUUGACAUCGGGAUCAACGAUGGAAACAAAAUCCACGAGUCGGUUUGACUCCCGGCGCGUAUACAACAGCUCCACAGGUAUCUCCCAUGUCACUCAUCAAGCUCAAUAUAUCUUGUAUUAAUUGGUUAACAAACUCAAAGCGAUUGGAGACAUUCUCAUUAAAGCUUUUAAAUUCUAGCAUUUUAACCAUGUGCAUGUUGUCUCAAAUGAUUGCCACAGCCCGGUAGUCCUCCCUCUGCCAUUUGUGAUAGUAGCAUGCCGUUUGUAAUCUGUAGUGCUUUAUAGAUGCCGUAAAGCUCUCCUUCCUCGAUCAUCGAGUGUGCAAUGAGAACUGAGAAGCCGCUCAUGAAACACAUUUAUGGGCUCCCCGUCAGAUGACCGUGUCACAAUCUUCACUAUGUUGGUGUUAUCCAGGCGUCGGCGUUCACCAUAAAGUGCCUUGGGAUGCCGACCCAAAAGCCCCGCUCGGGUAUAUGAUCUAGAAGUGGUGGCAAGUCACGAGAAAUCACAAUAUCUUCAACAAUUAUCAGGUGUGUUAUCUUCUGCUCCCACCCUGGGUACCGCCACAAUAGGAAAAAUGUGUCCCAUAGAUUGAACCGCAACAUGGGGGACGCAAUGGAGGCAUUGUGGGUUUUAACCCAAUCCUAAUACACAUUGUGAUGCCCGUUAAGGGCAAUCUCAUCCUGCAAUGUGAAUUCAAAGAGUGGAAUCCAAUGAGUUUAUGCAUGAAAUAUUGAGUUUCACAAUAUUUAUUACAUAUUUUAUUACUCUUAUUAAUAUGGUGUGUGGGUGUGAGUGCAUGGACAAAAUAAUUUCUAAACAUCAUA